GUUGACGUAAAUGGCUUAAAGUACUCGAUGUGAUAAAUCGAUACUAAGAACACAUAUCUAUCGAAUGGCAGCGCAUCAAACUACUUUAUUUACUGUGCUCUUAUAGUGUUUUUUGGAAUAUGGAACUAAAGUUAAAAAUUUAAGGAUACAAGCAUUAAAGGAGUAUCAUAUACCAACAAGCAACGUAUUAAAAAAACAACAACUUUUGAGACAGCGAUCAACAUGAACUUGAACAUUCCCAAGCCAUUGGCAACAACAAGCAAAAUUCAAAUUAAACAACAUGUUCCAAUUGGUUCAAUUAGGAAGGGUCCACACGCUAUAGAACGCAGUUUGGUUCCAGACGAAGUUGUUAUUAAACGUAGAUUCGGUGAAGGUUCUAAGCCUUUGUUUCAACGGGAUGAUAUCGUGGUGAAUUCCGAUAGUAUUCUAAAUACCGUAGAUGCUCAAAAGGAUAAGCAAGUCCCAGUCGGAAAUAAAAACAAUACAGGGCAUACUUCAAAUCGAUGGAGAAAAGAACGACACGAUUCUACUGAUUCCAGUAGUCCAGAGCGAUAUCGAAAAUAUCACAAUAAAUCAAACAAUGAGAGUGAAGUUAGACCCAGCGAUAGAAACACACGACGCACGAGAACGACGAAACCGUCUAGUGAUGACAAACAUGCAACUCGGCGUGAUGUAACACCACCAACAAAUCGGCGCCGAAAAACUCCUGAAAAGAUUCCAUAUUUCAUAGACCAAGUAAGGGAACGCGACAGAAUUCGUCGUAAAUAUGGAUCGACAAAAAAUCAAUCACCUCCUACAUCAACCAACUAUCGACACAGACGUAGUGGUUCGCGAACACGAUCACGAUCUCACUCGCCAGUUUCGAUGCGAACCAAACAACGUUCACAAACACGUCGAACACAUUUUCGUCGCUCAAUUUCGAUGGAUCGCUAUAAGAGCGACAGUACUAAACGAGAACGAGAAAAAUCACGCACAGAUACCGGUUUGGGUAGGACACCGAGUCAUUAUCGACAACGAUCAGAAGAGCGUAGUAAACACACGCGUAGGCGCCGCAGUUCUCGUACACAUUCAAGAUCACGCACACGUUCACGUGAACGUACGUCGCGCACAGGUACACAUAGUAGCGAACGGCAUAAACAACGGCACAGCGAGCGUGACGGUGCCUCUAAUGAGGAUGUUAACCAAGGAAAUCUGCCACAGCCACAAAUCAUAACCAUACCAGUUCCGGUUCCUGCAGAUUUUAUGAAUUACGCAUAUCCCACAUGGCCAACUCCACAGUGGGCACCCCAGCCAACGCGGUAUGGUGCUCCCACCUAUCACAUGCCUAACUUUUUACCCGCUGUUUUACCACCCAUGCGACAGCCAAUGCCACCUUAUGGAUUACCGCCACAACCCCUACGCUACGGCGGACCCGGUUAUAGACCACCUCCACAAUAUGGCGCUUCACGCGCUUGGCGACCCAAUUCUCGCCCAAAAAAUACAUAAAUUGCGACUGAUAAAUUUAAAUUAACUUUAGCCAUUGUAGUUAGCAUGUGUGGUUCUAUAAAGUGUUCUAGCUAUUAAAAGUUAAAAUCUUACAGUAAAUUCGCAUAAUGCCAAACGAAAUAAUUGCCCCAGAUUCCGUUUGAGAAUAGUUAAGUUAACAGUAUAAAUUUGCAUAUAAUAAUUAUUUCUGAUUGGAAAAUAAAUCGGCACAAGAGAGUAAACAAUUAAAAAA